UUUGUAUAUGGGAAAACCCAUAGACAAAUUUGAAAUUCUGCAAAAGUACUUCAAUAAAUAUGAAAAUAAGAAAGAUGAAAAAAUGAAUUUAAAACUAUACAGUGAACUUUUUAAAUACUAUUGCAAGGAAAGAGAUAUAUCUGUACAAGAAUGCGCCGAAGAAUGGAAAGAUGAAAGGAUUAUAGAAGAUUUGUUCAAGGAUUGCUUAAACUGGUACAAUCAGGAUCUAGAGAAACCGACUAGACGUAUUUCAUUGGAUUAUUUUAUUAAGUAUAUGAGUAAACCCAAUGAAAAUGAUCAAAUCACGACUGAAUACUUCAAUGAUCAUAAAGAUAAAGAAAAGGAAGAAUUUGAAACUUUACAUUUACAUCGAUUUACUGAACUUUUUCAAUACCAUUGCAACAAAAAAAACAUUUCCGUAAAAGAAUGCGCCAAAGACAGGAAAGAAGCAGCGAUUAUAAAAGAUUCGUUCAACGAUUGUUUAAAAUGGACGAGUCAAGAUCUAAACUACACACGUGACUAUGUUACCUCAGAUCUAUUUAUCUAUUAUAUGGGUGGUACCACUCAAGAUUAUGAAAUCACCGACCAAUUCUUCGAGGAUCAUCCAAGCGAUAUGGAAAAUAAAGCCAAAAUAUAUUUGGAUCUGUAUGGCGAACUUUUUAAAUACCAUUGCGAAAGUGUGUACCCUUUCUACACCUUAAGAAGAUGCGCUGAAGCAAGGAAAAGUCAAGCGAUAUUGAGUGAUCUUAAAGAUAUUGUAAGAUGAGAGGGCACGUACACAUAGCCAAGCUAUGGUUAUGUGACCGAGACUCAAAAAUAAAGGUUAUAUAUGAGAAAAUAAAAUAUUUUUAUAGUCUAAUAUUACAAUUUUUUAAUAUAGCUAACCCUUUAUAAAAAAAUGUUUAAAAAUCUCGAAAAAAGUUUUUAAAAAUGCAAUAUG